AGAAGUAAACAUCUCUUUUAAAGUUGAGCUAUUUCUUCAAGUUUCAACUACCCUUUUGCUACUACAUACUAACCAGUGUUCUUGAACAGCACAGCAGAGCUGUGCUGUUAGAUCUUGCUCUUAAAGUGAAUGAAAUUCAUAGUUUUUUCUUCUUUGAUCCGUUCAAGAUUCAUCAGGGAUCAGAUUUGAGGCUUUGGGGAAUCUGAUCUCAUCCAAUUCGGGUUUGAAUUCGAGUCAAUGGAACAACAAGGGGAUCAAAAAACGAUGCUGCAGAAGCAGAAACACUUCUGCAAGCUCUGCAGCAGGAGUUUCCCCUGUGGUAGAUCCCUAGGGGGGCACAUGAGGUCUCACUUGAUCGGGAAUUCAUCCGAAAACCCCGAGAGGAGCAGGAAUUCGGGCUCGGGGAUCGAUGGCAGCGUUCACACUAGCUAUAUCCUGAGGGAAAAUCCCAGGAAAACCUGCAAGUUUGCUGCAGAGUCUAGUGGUGGGGGUGGGGAAGAUGCUUUGCUUCAGAGGCAAAACGACAAGGUGUGCAAGGAAUGUGGGAAAGGUUUUCCGUCGUGGAAGGCUUUGUUCGGGCACAUGAAGUGCCACUCGGAGAAAAUAACGAUGAUCUCGACGAACAACAACAAAAGCAAGAUGGAGGAGGCUGCUGAUUCUUGGAAUGUUGUUGUUGCAGAUAAUAGCUGCCAUUCUGAUGACAGUGAGGCAGCUAAUAAGAACAAUAAUGCACCAAACCGAAAGAAGAGAUCGAGGUCGAGGAGAGUUACAACAGCUACUACCAAAAGGUACCAGGUUGUUAAUAAUGCUGCUACAACUAAUUCCUCUACCUUAACUGCUGCUAAUAGUGCUUCCCCCUGUGUUUCUGAGAAUGCUGUUGAGCAUGAACAUGAAGAGGUUGCCAUGAGUUUGAUCAUGCUUUCUAGGGAUGUGGGUAGUUGGGGUGGUUUAGCUUCUGUUACUGAGUGCUCUGAUAACAAUUCUGAGUUUCUGGGAAUCCGAUCUUCGGCUAAUUCUGAGAUUAAGGCCAAGAAAUUGGGAGCAGAUGAGAAACUGAAGAAACCAAAAUCCAGAGGCUCUGGGAUUCCUAUAAGUGGAGGCAAUAACAAUAAGAUGAAGGUUUCUGAAGCUGACAGAUACAGGGAUUGUAAUCUGGUAAUUGACAGAGCAGGAUUCGAGAAAUCCGAGGUUGAUGUUCCUAGUAAUGCCCAGGGGAGUUCAGACAAGCGAAAGCAAAAACGAAUCGAAAGGGAUGAUGAAUUUGAUCAAAAUGAGGUCUGGUUUAGCUCCCUUGAUUCUGAGAAGAAGAUCAGAUUUGAGUGUUCUACUUGCAACAAGAGUUUCCACUCUUACCAAGCUCUUGGUGGCCACAGGGCUAGCCACAAGAAGGCGAAAGACGGGUCUGACAAGAACACUGACCAUUAUUCUGCAGCUGCAGACAGCAGUGAACAACACAGCAUCCUAGGAUUUGCAGACAAGGUUGUUGAGAGUUCAUCAAAGAAGAUUAAGGUGGCUGCUCAUCAUGAGUGCCCAAUUUGUUUCAAGAUUUUCCCAUCAGGCCAAGCCUUGGGAGGCCACAAGAGAUCCCAUUUGAUUGCUGAGGCUAAAGCCAAUCAACAGCCCACUCAAAUAAUCCAGAAACCUUCAUCAGUGCCAGAAACCCGAGAUUUUCUUGAUCUCAAUUUGCCCGCUCCAAUUGAAGAAGAAGAAGAUAAAGAAAGCCAUCAGAGCUCUGGAUUCCAACCAUGGUGGAUUGUGGGAAACAGCUAUAACCAUGAGCAGCUUGUGCAGCCUACUUUCUGAGUUAUGAUCAUCAGAAAGGUUCACAGAAGUGUACAGAUUCAUUCUUUCUGCUUCAAAGCAGUGACAAUUCCAUUUGGAGCCAUUAAAGAUAGAAAUUAAAGCCACCCUCUUUGGAGCACUCUUCACAGUACAAUUUUCCCCACAUUCCAAUUGCCAGAAGAUGUGUAAUUUUCUUGCUUUUUUUUUUUCUUUCCCAAUUUUUUUUGCUGUAAUUUAGGCACACUUGAAAGCUUCAGCUUGAGCUAGACUUGAAGGGGUGCAUUAACUUUCUUUUUACUAUACUGUUGUAUGGUGUAAUUGUUUUAUCUUGGUAGUAAAGGGAAAUGAUGAGGUGUUGAAGAAGAUGGACAGUGAGUGAAGUCAGAAAGAUCAGAUAUGAAGUCCUUUUUUUUUUGGGAGGUUUUAUAAUAUUGUAAAAAGAGAUUGCCAGUGAGCUCAAAGGUGGUUGUUUAGUCACCUACCAUAAAAAACAUGAAAACACAUCUCA